AAAUAAAUAAAGUUGAUUUCGACAUUUCUUGAACGCCCUUUUUUGCGAUCGAGUCGCGGUGUGUGGUGGUGUGUCUCAUCUGCUCAAGUUGUUUGUUUGCUUGCUGUGUACCGGCGGAAGAGAGAGUUACUAGCUUUCUGGAGUCUGAGUGGAAAGCCCUGACUGACAACACCGGACGGAUGGCUGAGAACGGACUAGAUCAGCCUGUGGAGAGUUCAGCCGUGGAAAACCCCGAAUCGGGGGAGACGGCAGCCUGGAAAAAGGACUGUGACGGAGAAACAAAAGCCGAGGGUCGCGAUACGGCGUCUCCCGUCCUUGCAAACGGGACAGAUGACCCUAAUGGAGACGAGUUUCCUUCCGAAGAUGACAAAGAAAUAGUGAAAGAGGAGCCAGUCGCGGUGAAGAAGCGGUCCAUGACCAAGAAGAUGAUGGAAAAAGCUCUCUACCUCUGCGACGAAGAUGACGACGAGCCGCCGGAGAAACUGAGUUUUGAGGGGACUACCCCUGAGAUCGGCGGUCGAGCCAAGUGGCUGGAGAGGCAACGCGACAGAGAGUCGAAGAACAAGCGACUCUCCAAAACAAAAGACGGGACUUUUUUCUCAUACAUGUUUCUGGAGAAGAUCUUUAGGGAGAGCCGAAAGUGCAAGCUGUGCGGGGCCAAGGACUCUGGGAAGCCUCAGACUGACGACGAGAGUUCGCUGGAGCUCUACCUUUCAGAGAGGGGUGUUGUGGGACGCCAGCGUCUUCUCUGCAGCACGUGCAACGGCGUUUUCCCAGUUGUUUCAUGUGAUGCGGAGACCGAGAUUCCCGACAAGCCAGAGUAUCAAAUCGACGGGUCCACCGUGCGCUACUACUGUAAGAAGGCCAUGCAUUUUGGUGUCCUCCACGACCUGAUGGAACUGCUCCACAUAGCGGCUCUGGAGAGCGAAAAGUCGCGGAAGCAGAAGCACGUCGAGCUGGCAGAAUUCAUGCUGCACAAUGCACGCAAGGUGUGCAAAGAGUGGUGUAGGCCGGAAAACGGCGACUUGAGGGCCAAACGUUUUCUCCGUUUGCGAGAAGACACACUGCUCAUUCGGCACAAUCCCAUAUUCACGAUCGAUCACAACGCGGAAUACAAGGAGAUGUACGGGAUGAUGGCCGGUAGCUUUCGACAGCACCGCGAGAAGGUGAAGCUUCUUCUCGAGCUGUUGAAGACCACGCUGUUCGACAAUCCGACUCAAUCGUCGUUCUUUCUCUGGGUUGCCAUUGCCAUGAUCCACGCAGAGAGCUACCAAAAGUUCAAAGAGCGCUACGACCCAAAGUCCUACAUGCAGAUCGAUUCGACCGACUACCAAGCAAUGAAAGACCGCUACUUGGCGAUGCACGUUGCUCUCGGCGUCAAGAAAAUCCCAAUUUGUUUCAUUCUGUUCGAACUGCCCCGAUUCUACCACUACAUUGAUUUCCUGAAGGAACGCGUCGGUAAGGAGAGACCGACGACAUUUCUGACGGUCGACGACCAGCGAACGUUGGAGAAGUUCGAUCGGCAAGCGCACAAGUACAUGAUGAAACGGAGGCUGAAAUCGGGGAAGCUAGUGUCGGUGGAGUCUCACCUGGACAUGAUUAUGGCGCAAGAGGAGAUAGACAAGGAGCAAAUGUUCAGGAACACGAAGGAGAAGGGGCGAGCGAAAGCCGAGGACAAGAAACGGCAGCGGAAACAGAGGAGAGAAGAGCGGCAGAAACGUGGAGUUGCCGUGAAAGAGCUACAAGACGACAACCGGGCUUCGAGCGACGGGAAAAUCGUGGAGGAGAUCAGCGAGAGUCUGGGCGACCUCGAGAGGAAGCGGUUGGAGAGAAAGGAACGCAUGCCGUACCCGCCGUUCCGACAGCGAGUACUUGGUCCAAUGAGAGAGCGGACGAGCCUGGAGACGGACAUGGUGGCCGAUAUGACGCUGAGAAAGCCGUAUAAGUCACGAUUCGAUCUGUUGCUGGAGGAGGAUGACCGACAGUGGGGGCUGGAGGGGAACUGGUCUCGCAAAGACAUCCUCCUCUGCGAGGAAGACAUGAUGUUCGAGAGAAAAGUCUGCAUUCGGUUCAAGAAACCGGAGAAACGCUACAGCGAGACGAUUCCAUCGUUUCUCUACCUCCCCCCACCGAGUGGGCGGAUGCCGACGCAGGCCGAAGUACAGCUCCUGAUGGACAGAGUGUUGGCUCUGGAAAUGGAUCCGAUUUCGUUCGACGGAGCGUGCAGCAGCGUGACCGAGUCGCAGAUCAAGAGGUGGAAGAAGGAAGAGGAGGAGCCGACGACGCAGACCAACAGCAAAGAGGAAGGCAGCGGGGGUGGUAAAGACGGCAGUGAAAAAGAGGGAGAGUUGGCAAAACCCAAUGAGGGAGGGGGAAAGGGAGCAGAAAGUGAGGUUGAGGAGGAGAGGGAGGGUGGGAAAGACGGCGGUAAGAAAGAGAGAGAAUCGACAGGAGCGAAUGAAGGAGUUGAGAAAAAGGGAGAUGUGGCGAGAAGCGUAGAAAUGGAGUCGAACGAGGGGGAGGGUAAGGACACCAGCAAUGGAGAGUCGGCAGAAGCAAAUGAAAGAGGGGAGAAUGAGGGGACAGAAAUCAAUCAGGGGGAGGAGGGGAACAGCGAUAUGGAGGUAGGUUCAGAGACAAAGGAGGUAGCUACAAUCUCACCGGAGCUGGUGCUAAAUCCUCCGGAGCGUACAGCAGAAUCAGUCCUUGAAGAAAGCCAAAACCUCAAGAACCUACCACGAGUGACAAAGUUUCAGAAAGUGUACAUGCCACUGAGGACAGCCUCAAACCAUCGGACGAUAAUGCACCAACAACACCGCCCCCCACUGCAAUUGUGGAAAAAAUGGAAAGCAAUAUCACAGCGGAAGAAAUAGCUAUCCCACAAGCCAGGGAAAUAGCAGCAGAAAACAAUAUUACAACACCAACAGAAGAGAGAGAAACUGCACCAGCUGAAGAGAGCAGUAUUGCACCAGCAGAGGGGAAAGAAGAGAAAGAGCCAGCUGACGAAAACAGUCUCACUCCAGCUGAAGUGGAAGAAGUAGUAAACACUGAGCCAAUGGUGGGAGAAGAUGAACAGGGAAAAGAAGUUGGACUGAAUGUGGAAGAGAAUGACACAAAAUCCACAGAAAAUCACGAGCCAACGCAAGAAAAGCCAGACCCUGUACCAAUUGCGAAACAAGAGAAAGAAUGCGAAGAAAAGGAGGAGGAAGAGGGGGAGAAAGAUAACCAGCCAAUUGGGGAAGACUUGGACAGAGGUAGCAAUUCAGAGCAAGAAGACAAGCCAGCCAACGUGAGUGGUACAGGGGAAGACGAUAGCAAAGCAGACCGCAGUCGGUUAUCUAACGACAAAGACGACUCUGAACUGGACCACAACAAACACAAAGAAGAAGAAGAAGACGAGAAGGAGACAAUUCACAGAGAAGUGGCAGAGGACAUGCCCCAAGAGAUCCAGCAGGCUCAGAAGGAUUUGGAAGAGCGAGAGAUGGGCAAGGACCACAUAGACCCGCCCACAGAAGAUCCCGAGCCUUUGGAGGGCAUUGCCAACUCAGUGCGGACCGUCGCCAUGGAAGAUGAAGACCAACCUAUAACAUUCACCGCUCCUGAAACCGCUCCGGACUUACCACCAACUCUUGCCGAAAACACUCCCGAGCCUCUCCCUGAUAAAGACAGUUCCUCAGAGAAAACGGAGAAUGAGGGAGAAAAUGAGACUAAGCCAGAACUGGCCGGCUCUACAGCUACCUCCAAUACCAGUGCGGACCCCAGUGAGUCUGCAGCAAAUGAGGACCAUAUUGAAGUAGAGGAGGAGGAGAAGAAGGAAAAUGUGGAAGAUGAAAAGCCAGCUAAGGAGGAGUCGAAAAAAGAGAAGAAAGUUAGCAAAAAGAGAAGCAAGAAGAUGGAGAAAAAGGCCAAACAGCUCGUCGAAGCCGUCCAGCGACGCAAGGCCAUCGAAGAGAAGUAUUUCCAGCAUCGACUCCUGAAGAGAACACCCAGCGAAGAGGCAUUUGAGAAACUGAUGGAGAAGAAAGACUGCACGUUGGCAGAGCUCACUCCGGAAGAGAAGCAGGUCCUGAUGGACCACUGUCACAGGAGAAAGAAACGAGAUCCUAUCGACGAGGAGUGGGACCGGACCAUGUUCGCUCGUCGCAAGCCAAAAGGCCCCGCGUUCGUGAGGAGCAGACUACGACAGAAACUCCAAGAGCGUCAGAAGGACGACGACGAUGACUAUCUCUACUCGAGGGCCUACAAAAGGAGAGAGCCAACUCCAGAAAGACCCAAAACUCCCGAAUACACACCACUCAAGUCUUCCGAUUCGCCAAAGGCCGCAAAGAGGAAAUCGAAACGUGCGAAAGCUGGCGAGAAUGAAGAGGUCAACGGAACCCAAGAGCCUCUGGUGCCCGACGCAGAGAAAAUGAAUGAAGUGAAGGAAAAGUUGAAUAAGUUAGGGAUGGAGGCAUGCAUGCCUAAAACCGAGGCCAUGAAAUCGAAAGUGGCGGAUGCAAAGAUGGAAGACGAAAGCAAACUACUAGAAGACACGAACCACUCACCUUCUGAGAGCACGACUGAUUCGUCUGGCGUGCUCACCGUCACUAUCCCCAAACAGCAGAGUGAGACAGACUCUGAGCGUCGUCUCGUCUCUCCGGACGAGUUCCACAGUCUCCUGGUAGACCACCUGAAGGCAAACAGGGAAGCCGAGGAGAGAAAUACUGAAACCCCGCCCCCCACCACACCCCCAAGGAUCCAGGCCACUGAACAAGAAAAACAGCCCGAGUCUAGCGAGGCUUUACCAGAAUUGGAGAAUGGCGAAAUCGGUGAGCAGCCUGAAGAGAGGAAAACAAGCCCACCUAAUGAUUUAGAGGGAGAGGAAGAAGAAGCUGGAGCGGAUGAGAAAGUGAGUCAGCUCGAGGAAGACAGAGAAGCCGAGAGGAGGGAGAAAAAGAGGCGUCGCAAAAACGAGAAAAAGAAGGCCAUCAGGCAGAAGAAGGAGGAGGAGCAACAGGCCGAGCAAGAGAAAGCACGGUUGGAGCAGGAGAGGGCAAAGAUAGAGCUGGAAAAGGCCAAAGCUGAGCUGGAGAGAGUCAAGGCUGAACAAGAAAGCGAAUUGACGGGCAGAGCGGCUCCGGAAAAGAAAAAACCCGAGCCCAAGAAGAAAUCAGUGCGAGGACCGACUGUUCCACUGAGACUUCAGUUCCACAAUCGAAGGAAGCCCAAAAACCCCGAGUUUAACCCGAAGGACUACACCGAGCACCAGCCCCUCGAGACCCUGGGAAUGAUCCCUCUCAUGCUAACAAAGGCCCCGUGCUACAUCACCCUGGACGACAUGAUGUCCGUCGAAUCGGACAAAGACGACGAAAAUUCCUCCCCCGGCUGCUUCGUCUACCGGACCUCUGUGGAGAACGGCGGGAAAGAGCACCCGUUUGUGGACAUCUACCUCUUUGCUCGGAAGCGGCGCGAAGACCUCGAUAUCAUAGUGGAGGUGUCGCCCAUCAAGGCCUACAGGAACCACGAAGACGUGCUGUGUCUGGCUGGGAAACCAGGCAGAAUCUCCUACAGCUGCAAGCUGGAGAUCUCCCAACUCUGGACUCCAGUCGGUAAGGCACCACUCUCGGUUACUCUUCCCAUCAAACCAGGAUACCCAACCUUCGCCAUACUCGACUCCCUCUUCAACGAAGGCUCCGCCUCCUUUCGCGAGGUGGCGGCCGAAAACCCCCAAUGCUCAGACAAGAAACCCCACACUUUCGAUUUCGGAGUGAGUUUGGACGAAUCCGAGCUGACCAUGACCAAACUGAGUCGCCAGAAGCUGGCAGAGUUCAUGGACAGUGACCCCGAUACGGUCCAGAAGCUAAUGGAGAGAGAGUUUGCCCGGAGCAAGGAAAAAGCCAAGCUGAAAGAAAAACGAAGAAAACCGCUGAAAGUUAAGAAACUCGCUGAGAAACUAGCAGAGAUGAAGACGGCUAAAACCCCCGCCGAUAAAAAGAGCGAGGAGACUGAUGCGAAAGUAAAAUCGAGUGAUGCGACGUUAAAAGAUAAAGUUGGAGUGACCAACAGCCCGACCAAGACCCAAACCACUGUAGCUACUGAGACCGAGUCUUCGAAUGUGUCUACUUCUGCCGUCCCCGGCAAUGGGGGCCCUGCAGUGCCAGACACCAAACCAACUAGGAUCAGGAAAACGGCCCGCGACAAGUUCCGCUUCUGCGAAAACUGCACUCGAGAGAUCGCCGAUCGCAUUCAGCUGUGUUCCGGUUGCAAGAAGGUUGCCUACUGCAACAUGCACUGCCAGAAAUUGCACUGGAAACAACACAAAAGGACGUGUUCUUACGUCCAGAAAUCCAGCGAGCAAGAGAAAGGUACCAGAAUCUGCGCAAACUGUGAUAAACAGAGCGAACGCGUGAUGCUCUGUGCCGGCUGCAAGAAAGUCACCUACUGUGACUCCACCUGCCAGAAGACACAUUGGAAACUGCACAAAAAGACAUGCUCCUAUGCAAAGAAGAAAGAAGCUGAAAACCAAGCAGAAUAAUAACACUAGUUUUGACUCCUCACAUUUUUCAUUUCCCACAUCAUUGCAUAAUCAUACUGUUCUGUUCUAUAAUAAAGUUUCAAGUGUUUUGAUCAUUUUUUGGAAGCACGAGAUCGCAGAAUGAAAGGUCCACUUUUUCUUUUCUUUUUCCCUCUCAGCAGUAUCCUGCUCUUGACUGUCUCCUUCUUAGC